AUACUCCCUCCGGUCCCAAAUCAUAUUCACAGUUUGACUUUUUGGUUUUUAAGAAAGUGAAAUUUUUUUUGUUGACUUUCCAAGAAUACCCCCAAAGAAGUUACCCCCAUCUAAUCAAAGUAAAAAAAAAAACUGGAGGAAGUGUAAUUGAAAAGAUGAAAUUGAAUGACAUAAAGGGAAAGAGAGUAGAUAGGUUACAUUUGGGUGGCCAAAAAGGAGGGAAGAUUCUUUUUUGGAUUCCCUCCAAAAUUCUACUUUAAUCUUACACAACUUUAUCUAUAAAAUCUAAAGUAUUGAAUACACUACUUCUAAACCUAGAAAUCUUGUGCCAUUUUCUUCCUUUUAAAGCUCUUCAUUUAUGGAGUCUUCUUCUAUAAAUGAUGUUGCCCAACAACCUGCUGUGGACCCCGUUGAAGAAGAAGAUCCGGAUGGUGAACCUGUACAAGACAACAUUAACAGUGUUCAGCCAAUAAUAGAUCUAACAAUGGACCCCACUGGAGGGGUAGGGGUACAAAGCAGUGGAACAGUUAAACAAAAAAGGCCUAAGUUCAGCUUUGAAAAUCGUAGGGCGUUGAUUGAGAAGUUACUGGCAGUUUCAGUUGAAAGUAAACUUCAGAGGGAUGUGAUAAGAACAUUAACCACCCAAUUUAAAGUAUCCACUGUGACCAUUCACAAAUUAUGGAGUCAAACAAAGCAAGAUAUGCAGAGUGGACAUGCCAUACAAGUGGAGCCCAGAUUGAAGGGAAAUGUUGGGAGAAAAAGAAUUAGUAGUAUGCUGUAUGCUGUAAAAAUCGGCACUCAAAAAGUAGACAUGUAUCUGUGUGUAUGCUGUAUGCAUACAUCUACAAGUAUAUAAUGCAACGUGUAUAAAAGAAGAUGAAGGAAGGAUUAAAAGAAAAAUGAAGGGAGGUGAGAGGUAGAAAAUUAGAAGAUUAGAAGAUGAAAGAAGCUGAUCACUUAGAAGCGGCGGCUGCGGGAUUAAAGGAUCGGAGGAGGGUGAUUCAAAACAAAGGAGAUGCGGCUAGGCUGCUCUGCAAAGAAGCAAUAGUCGUCCUUGUAUUAUCUGUUGUGUGUACCUUGAUCCAUAAAUGUUUAGAUUGGGCUCAAAAGCUACCAGAUUCAACUCAAAUUAUUGGCUCGAAAGGAAUCCGGAUGUUGGUGAAAUUUACAUCGCUGUUAAUAGGGAUGGGAUUUUCUGUGGGUUUCAUUGCUCUACUGUAUGUAUUACUAUUUAGGGGAAUGUCUGAUCAAACAAAGAAGAUAUGCCUAAUCUGGGGAACGUGUGGUUGCGGGGUGGAAGCGGUUUCUUCCGUUCUAUACUUUUUGUUUAGGUUGUGUAAAUCAGAAACAAGCAUAACUCUACUUGGUCCUUAGAUAAACCUUCUUUCCAUGCGGCGAAAAUGACAACAUUCUGUUUAGUCUUCCAUUAUUCAAGACAAUUGUUAAAUUGUGAAGUACAUGUAUAUAUCCACUUGUUGUGGAUAUUCAUGUUCUCGGCUUAUUAUUCUUAUUAGUCACUUUUUUGUUAAAUGUGUAAUUUUUUAUUUUACACGUAGUCUAAAAUAAAGGUAAUAAAAUAAACGUAGCUAUAGCGAGUGCUAUCAUCGAUAAAGGUAAUAAAAUAUUUAUUACCACCACGUGUUUGUAUUGAUUUAAAAUCACAAACGUCACUAUGAAUUAAUUCAAGUGGUUCCGUUUUUCUUUCAA